CAGAUUGACAGCUGCAGGAAGGUGUUCAAUUUAUUUACUUAUGGAGCAUUUUUUGGAAGAGUGAAUUAAUAAGUGGUGUUUGGAGAUAAUACGUUAUCACACAGUGGAAUGUCCGAAAAUUUUUGUUUGUCUUUUUGUCGUAGUGAACUGAACUUUGGUCUUCAUUCACUGUUGGCCGGCUAGCCUGCUAGCUUGCAGAGCUAGGCUAGCAUUAGCUACAGCAAGACUCCAUCUUUGAAAUAGCAGCCACACACAGAAAAACAGAAUGGUGGACAAGAAUAUCUACAUUGUCCAGGGUGAAAUUGGUACUGUUGUCGGAGCUAUCAAGAGGAACUCCAGAUGGAAUACGCACACUCCACUGGAUGAGGAACAGGACCCAUUACUUAACAGCUUUGGCCACCUCAAGGACGUACUCAACAACAUAAAAGAGCUGUCAGAUGUUGAACCCAACAUUUUCCUGAGGCCCUUCUUAGAAGUGGUCCGCUCUGAGGACACCACUGGACCGAUUACAGGCCUUGCUCUUACCUCUGUCAACAAGUUCCUUUCUUAUGGCCUUCUAGAUGCUAACCAUGAAGCAGCAGCAGAGGCCAUUGAGAACAUGGCUGACGCCGUCACACAUGCUCGAUUUGUAGGAACAGACCCUGCCAGCGAUGAAGUCGUCCUUAUGAAAAUUCUACAGGUCCUGAGGACUCUGCUGCUGACACCAGUCGGAGCCCAUCUGACCAAUGAGUCUGUUUGUGAGAUCAUGCAGUCCUGCUUCAGGAUCUGCUUUGAGAUGCGCUUAAGUGAGCUCCUCAGGAAAUCAGCUGAACAUACACUGGUUGACAUGGUGCAGCUACUGUUUUCAAGGCUACCACAGUUCAAAGAGGAGGCCAAGAGUUAUGUGGGUGCCAACAUGAAGAAGUUGAAGAUGCGCGCCGGUGGAAUGAGUGAAUCAUCCAAAUGGAAGAAACAAAAACGCUCACCAAGGCCGCCUAGCCACAUGGUCCGAAGUCCCUCUGGUCAGAUGGACCCAACCCAGUCCAGCACCCUCAGCAACAACAACCUUUCUGGUGGCGUCCCGUUCAUUGAGCAAGGCUUGUCCACCUCUAUCCUACCAGCUUCAGACAGUGCCGGUUCAUCCAUUUCUAGCCCUACAACCACAGACAGUGGCCUUGACACCUGUUCCAAAGCCACCUCCAGGGAAGACCUUUCUGACCUGGAACAAUGUAGCUCAUCUGCAACCACCCCUAGCACUGCUAGCACACUCCCUGGGGCUGAGCCUGGCUGUCCGGAUGCACAGUCUGAGGGCAGGCAGGUUGGACCAGCUCAGUCAGCUUCAGUAGAGUCGAUCCCCGAGGUUCUGGAGGACAAAGAAUCUAUUACAGAGCAAUCAGACAGCACCUCUGUUCAUGACAUGGACUACGUCAACCCCAGAGGAGUCCGUUUCACACAGUCCACACAAAGAGACGGAGCAUCCCUCAUCCCUUAUGGCCUGCCAUGUCUAAGGGAGCUUUUUCGCUUCCUGAUCUCACUGACCAACCCCCACGACCGCCACAACACUGACGCCAUGAUGCACAUGGGUUUGCAGCUGCUGACUGUGGCACUCGAGUCGGGACACAUUGCUAACUACCAGUCUUUGCUUGGACUGGUCAAAGAUGAGCUCUGCAGACAUCUCUUCCAGUUGCUGAGUGUGGACCGCAUGAACCUAUAUGCUUCCUCCAUACGAGUUUGCUUCUUGCUUUUUGAAAGCAUGAGAGUACAUCUGAAGUUUCAGCUCGAGAUGUACCUAAAGAAACUGAUGGACAUCAUCACGUCAGAGAACAUUAAGAUGCCUUAUGAGAUGAAGGAGAUGGCUCUGGAGGCACUGGUCCAGCUGUGGAGGAUCCCCAGCUUUGUCACUGAACUGUACAUCAACUAUGACUGUGACUUCUACUGCUCCAAUCUGUUUGAGGACCUCACCAAGCUGCUCUCCAAGAAUGCAUUCCCAGUGUCGGGGCAGCUCUACACCACCCACCUCCUGUCACUGGAGGCUCUGCUCACAGUGAUUGACAGCACUGAAGCCCACUGCCAGGCCAAGGUGGUCAACAGCACAGCUCAACAAGACCAGUCAGAGACCCUGCUGGCAGAGGGAGAAGGUUCAACCAAAAGCAGAACAGACACUUCAACUGAUCUUAAUAGACUGGCUAGUACCAAUGGUCUGAAUCUUCCACAAGCUGAGAAUGCACCAGUGUGUCCACCAACCAGUGGACAUCUGAUGGCAGAGAAGAUGAGAUUGGGUAGACAGGAUCAAGGAGACAAUGACACUGCUGAGAAGAGAGCCCCCAAAAAGCCCCAACGCUUCUCGUCAUAUUUACCUGAUUCCCAAGAGUUGAUGGAAAUCAGAACUAAGAAAAAGCUGCUGAUCACAGGCACAGAGCAGUUCAACCAGAAGCCCAAGAAGGGAAUCCAGUUCCUGCAGGAGAAAGGCCUCCUCAGUAACCCCAUGGACAACAACCAGGUAGCCCAGUGGCUCAGAGAAAACCCCCGACUGGACAAAAAGAUGAUCGGCGAGUUCAUCAGCGAUCGCAAGAACAUGGAGCUCCUGGACAGCUUUGUAAACACAUUCACCUUCCAGGGGCUUCGUAUUGAUGAGGCCCUACGUCUCUACCUGGAGGCCUUUAGAUUACCUGGAGAGGCUCCUGUCAUCCAGAGACUCCUGGAAACCUUCACAGACAACUGGCAUAAGGUGAACGGCUCUCCUUUCAUGACCAACGAUGCAGGCUUCGCCUUGGCCUACGCUGUCAUAAUGCUGAACACUGACCAGCAUAACCACAAUGUCCGCAAACAGAACAUCCCCAUGACUGUAGAGCAAUUCAAGAAAAACCUGAAGGGAGUGAAUGGAAACAAAGACUUUGACCAGGACAUGUUGGAGGAUAUCUACACUGCUAUCAAGAAUGAGGAGAUUGUGAUGCCAGAUGAACAGACAGGGCUGGUGAAGGAGAACUACGUCUGGAGUGUGUUGUUGCACCGCGGUGCCACACCUGAGGGUGUUUUCCUCCACCUGCCGCCUGGCAGCUACGACCAUGACUUGUUCAGCAUGACCUGGGGUCCCACCAUCGCUGCCCUCUCCUACGUCUUUGACAAGAGCCUGGACGACAACAUCAUCCAGAAGGCCAUCACUGGCUUCAGGAAAUGUGCAAUGAUAGCAGCUCACUAUGGUUUCAGUGAUGUUUUCGACAAUUUGAUCAUCUCCCUCUGCAAGUUCACCACUCUGAGCAGUGAGUCUGUGGAAAACCUUCCUACAGUGUUUGGCAGCAACAGUAAGGCACAGACUGCAGCCAAGACAGUGUUUGACCUCGCUCAUCGGCACGGCAACAUCCUGAGGGAGGGCUGGAAGAACAUAAUGGACUCCAUGCUGCAGCUGUUCAGAGCUGAGCUCCUGCCCAAAGCCAUGGUUGAAGUGGAGGAUUUUGUGGAGCCUAAUGGGAAAAUUUCUCUUCAAAGGGAGGAAACACCUUCAAAUCGUGGCGAGUCGGCAGUGUUGAGUUUUGUCAACUGGUUGACGUUGAGCGGAGCCGAGCAGUCAGGACUCAGGGGACCAUCCACCGAAAACCAGGAGGCCAAGCAGGCUGCCAUCCUCUGCAUAAAUCAAUGUGACCCAGAAAAGCUGAUCACAGAGAGUAAAUUCCUGCAGCUGGAGUCUCUACAGGAGCUAAUGAAGGCUCUGAUAUCAGUCACCCCAGAUGAAGAGACUUAUGAUGAAGAGGAUGCUGCCUUCUGCUUGGAGAUGUUGCUGCGUAUCGUUCUGGAGAACCGAGACCGCGUGUCAUGCGUGUGGCAGACAGUGCGUGACCACCUCUACCACCUUUGUGUCCACGCCAAUGAGAGCUGCUUCCUGGUGGAGAGGGCUGUGGUUGGACUCCUUCGACUCGCAAUCCGCCUGCUGCGACGAGAAGACAUUAGCUCUCAGGUUCUCCUUUCCCUGCGUCUCCUGCUGAUGAUGAAACAUCAUGUCUUGUCCCGAGUCAGCAGGGAGGUGGCUUAUGGGCUUCAUGAGCUCCUGAAGACCAAUGCAGCCAACAUCCACUGUACAGACGACUGGUACACGCUCUUCUCCCUGCUGGAGUGCAUCGGUGCUGGAGUGAAACCUCCUGCAUCUUUCCAGCUUGCCUCCACCACUACUGAUAACGACACAGGAGCUCAGUCAGAUAGCGAGCUGUCACCACAUCAUCCCAGUGAAGUGAGCGUAGACCGUGGCUACACGUCCGACUCAGAGGUCUACACCGAGCACAGCAAGACCAGGAUCCCUCGCUCCACAACAGACGUGGAUGUCGCAAGCAGUGGAUGGCUCGUGGUUGGCAAAGAUGACCUGGAGACAAGUAAGACACCUCCAGUCAGCUCUAAAGCUCAGCUGAAUCACCCACUGGUCAACCAGUACAGUCUGACCCUGGGUCAGGAUCUGGGCCAGCACGACACCAAGUCUCUCAUCAAGUGUGUGGAGACGUUGUCAUUCAUCGUCCGUGACGCCGCCCACGUUACCCCUGACAACUUUGAGCUGUGUGUUCGAGCUAUACGGGUGUUUGUGGAGGCCAGCCUCAACGGAGGUUACCGCAACCACGACAAGAAGAAGAGCCACAAAUACGACUCCUCCAAGUCCCGGAUGAGGAAGAAGGCAGGGGGAAGGGAGAAGGAGGGCGGAGGUGGCACAAGGCGAGGUGGCAGCCGGGCAUCCAGCCAGCGUCCAUCACGUUCCCACAGCGACGACGAGGAGGACGAGGGUGUCCCGGCCAGCUACCACACGGUGUCAUUACAGGUUAGUCAGGAUCUGUUGGAUCUGAUGCACACUCUGCACACCCGGGCUGCCAGCAUCUACAGCUCCUGGGCAGAGGAGCAGCACCACCUGGAGGCUGCGGGCAGGAAGAUCGAGGCCGACUCCCAGACUCUGUGGACCAGCUGCUGGUGCCCGCUGCUGCAAGGCAUUGCUUGGCUGUGCUGUGACGCCAGACGACAGGUUCGUAUGCAGGCCCUCACAUACCUCCAGAGGGCGCUCCUGGUUCACGAUCUGCAGACACUUGACGCAACUGAGUGGGAAUCGUGCUUCAAUAAAGUGCUUUUCCCCCUGCUAACUAAGCUGCUUGAUAACAUCAGUCCAGCAGAUGUGGGCGGUAUGGAAGAGACCAGAAUGAGAGCCUGCACACUCUUGUCAAAGGUUUUCCUCCAACACCUCUCUCCUCUGCUGUCCCUGCCCACCUUCGCUGCCCUCUGGCUCACCAUUCUCGAUUUCAUGGACAAGUACAUGCACGCAGGAUCCAGUGACUUACUGUUGGAGGCAAUCCCUGAGUCUCUGAAGAACAUGCUGCUGGUGAUGGACACAGCAGGGAUCUUCCACAGCGCUGACUCCAGGACAGGAUUCUCAGACUUGUGGGAAAUAACCUGGGAAAGAAUCGUCUGCUUCCUGCCUCACCUGAGGGAGGAGCUCUUCAAACAGACUGUCUUACCAGAUCCAGUACCAAGUCCUCCAGCAGAGCCCGUGCAGUCAGCCCCCCCAGCAGGCCGGCCUCCAUCCCCUCAAGCGUCUCCACCACCUGCCCAGCUGCCCUCCCAAGUCCCGGUCCCAGUUACCCCUGCAGAGACACAGACCCCCAGCAGGCCAGCAUCACCUCAGGAGUCCCAGCCAGCCAGUGCCAACGGAUCAGACCGAUCGUCCCCGGUCCCGCCCUCAAUGCCCCCCAUACCGGUGCCGUUAACAACGUCCCCUGCCCACGGAUCUUCACCCUUGAGCCAGUCUCCCCUCAUCCUGCAGCCCCUCGCCUCUCCCCUACAGGUGGGAGUCCCGCCCAUGUCCCUGCCAAUCAUCCUGAACCCCGCCCUCAUCGAAGCCACGUCCCCCGUACCGCUGCUUCCCAGUCCCAGACCUACAAGCCCCUCUGACGAAGUCAAGUAAGAGAACUCCAGCUACCCUAUACCCCACUGCAUCAUCUCUCCAGACCACCACCCCCUUUAACAACUGGACCCAGCAGACUUCAACUGCGACUUAAAGAUCUGCUUGUCACCAGGUUCUUGAAAUGAUAUAAUAUGUACGGGAAGGCAAGUUAGAAGUGGCACCCCAGUUAUACACAUCUGAUUCGAAGGAAAAAUCCCCUGAAACCUGUGACACCAGUUAUUGGUGCACCUUGCAUAUGUGUGCCAUUUUUGUGCUUAGCAUGUCCUAAUUCCUAUAAAGACAAUGUGGCAUCAUGUCCACAUAUGUCUGAACAGAAAGGAGGAUCAAAGUCAUUCUAGGAAAAAUAUUACAAGUAAAAGUCUGAAUGAGGUAAACUUGAACACUGAGGUCCUGUCCUCUCUGCUUUUCGGUGUUCUGGUAACCUGCAGGGUUUGUGUUGCACCACACACCAUGAACAGUGUACCUCCUGACUCCAGUAUCUUUAAACUCUUUGCAACAUAUAUAUAUUUUAGACCAAUACAAAAAACUAAAUGCAAAAUUCCAAAAAUGAUUAACACAAAUUGAUCCAGCCCCCCCCCCCACAGUUUGAAUGUUGAGCGUGUAAGCAAGGCUUUCCCAGAUAAGGCAGGUGGUACUGUAGAUUUUUCUUAUUGUCUGAGAACAGUCUCUCCCUGCUUUCUGACGUUUCUACCCUGUCGUAGUUCUCAGCUCCUGUAGUUCCAGCUGAAGAUGCCAGAUGCUGUAAAAACAGCUCACAAAUAUAUAGUUUCAUUGUUAAAAAAAGACCUGAACCAGCUGGACACUGUAGUUUUUAACAAGCUUUUCUCAGGCAGGAGGAUAUAGUGCAUUUGUCGGGCACUAUUUUAAACAGCGGAUUAAUCCAUGUAGUGCUCCAGUGAGUGCGAGGUUGAGUCAAUAUAAACUACAGUGUGUGUGUUCAUGGUAAUGAAUGAACAUGUCCCCCAGUGCAACAGUGUGGCUCAGUGAUGUGUUUUUAAUAGUUUUUGGACAACAGUGGAGCUCUGUGGUACAGAGGAAGGAGAUACAUCUGGCUUUGAUUCACACACAGUGCUUGUUAGUGGGACAUGUUCAUUGGUUGCUCGGUUGCCAUGGGAUUUGUUGGUAGUAAGAAAAAUCUAAAAUAUCACCUGCUUUGGGAGACUAGGUCUCAUAUCUUCAUUUCUGGCCAUACCCCUGAUUUAAACACUUCCUCCUAAAAAUACCUCCUGAACGAGCUCGAUAUCACAGACUGAUUAAAUUUGUUGUACAGUUUUCAUAUGAGGGGGUGGAAUUAUUCUUAUUAUGAUCAACAUCAGGUUAAUGUUUCAGAAUACUUAGAGGUGGUAGAAAACUGGGGUUUAGUCUUGUCACCCCCAUUUUUUCUCAUCAACAGAUCAGAUCAACAGAAUAUACUUCAAACCUGGAGGGUAGCAAUGUUUUCUUUCUUUUCAGAGCCCCCCCCCCAAACUUAAUAAGACCAGGCUGACCUCAUGGCUUUGCUCACACACCUGUGCUUCGUGUUAAGCUAGAGGUUUCACAUAGUAUAAGUUAUUUGGGUUUUAGGUACUGCAUGUUGCUGAUUAAAGAGGGUCUGCACAGCUUUGACUUCAGUUGGAUGUUCCAGAGGUCUGAGCAGAGCUGUUAUCUCACCCACCACUGAGGCUUCAGCGUCUGACUGAACACUGUACAGAAAACAACUUUAUUUAUAUCAGUCAGUUUGUGUUUAAGAGGCCAAAUUCUUCCUGUUCUCCUGUGAUGGCCAAAGGCAGACGCUGGCCUGCACUGCUGAUUUCUGCCACUUUCUUUUCAAUUCUACUUGAUUUUUUGACCCCAAAAGAAAAAACAGGCUUUUAUGUUCUGAAAUUCUUCUUCUGAAAUGACUAAACUAAGAGGGGCCGUGUGCACGUGAAGCCUUCCUCAGGUGGACCGGAGAUGUCACAUUCCAAAUGUAGGUAGCUGAGUGUGCAGGGAGCUCGCUCCACUGUACUCGGGACAGUUAGAGAUCCAAACAGUGACUUUUAUGGUUUACGAUAAGUCUAACAAAUAAUUUAAAGAGAUGAAUAUUGGUGUAAUUUAUCAUGUUACAGCAUGUCCAGCCAUGAUUAAUCCCCGGGGCUGAGGAGCUCUUUGUGUCACGAGGCUGGGUUACUCAUCACAUCACAUCACAAGGACGUCUGUGGAAGCUGGUCAUAGCAGGACCGUAACACCUGGUUAAGUUGAAUCAUUACUGAAUUCUUCAUGCUGAAAUUCACUUACCAUUGAAUUUAUAGAAGUGAAGUAUUUUCCCUUUGAAAACCAUCUCUUUAUUCAGCUUGAAGUUGAAGUUGUGUAACUUCCAAAACGUGAUUUCAUCACAGUAACUUUGUGAGACCAUUAAACAGCAGAGCACACACACACUGUGUCUCCAUAGAGCACAUACGACAAAAAACAUUUUAUGUCUCAGGUUUGAUCUAAAAAAUCAAGUCAGCUAAACUUCCAAAUGAAAUAUUGAAUAUCUCACGAUGGACACUCUCAUCAGCCAUCAGAUCACAUGACUUGUAAACUCAGAUGUUUUAGACUCAGUGUUUGAUCUGUCUGACUGACAGCUGUCAAUCAAACUGAUGUGAAGUGUGUCUCGGCCACGUCUGGUCCUCACGAACCACAGGAUGUGUGAUAGUAGACCUGUGAUUGUGGCUUAAAUUCAAAAUUUAUCAUCUGGUAGCCAUGGUAACACAAACGCAUCAGCAUAUGAGCGCAGGUAUAUUUACCUGAUACAUCAGAGAGAGACACACUUUAAAAACUGAGUCCAACAAGUGACCACACAGUAAUUAUUAUUAUGAUUUUUGACCUGACUUGACUCUUUAGAUCAGAGUUGGAUGGGGAACAUAAAAGUUUAAGUUUUUGAUUUUCUAGGUAAAUUAUUGAAGUGCUAUGAGUUCAGUGGUAUUUCACACUGAGGUGGUCGGUUGCUACAGUUUGCUUCCAUACAGAACUUUGACCUUCUUGCAUGCUGCCUUGUGUACAAUGACAUGGACCCUGAAAAACUGUUCGAGUCUAAUUCACCAUUUUAAUGCCAAAUAUGUGAACUAGAUUGUGGCGUAGAUCCAUUGAAAGUGGCCCUGGGAUUCUCUCAGUGAUGUUUAAUGUUAUUUAUUGAGUUGGGAAAGAAGAGAUGGACCUUUCCACUGCAGUACAGGUGACAUAGAUACAGUGUGUGUAUGUCAGUCAGGUAACACUACAGCCUUAUAGAGCCACCAACAUGAGACAUUUUGUAAGCUGUGUUUAUUUGUUGUACGGGACUCUUAAAUAUAUCAGGAGCUGAUUCUUGCUUGAACAGGAAAUUACAUGAAUAUAAUGUGUAUAUAUAAAUGAAAGGUAAAGUACUUUUUACUAUGUAAUAAAUAUAAAGAAAAUGCUCA